UCUUUCUAAUUCUCUCUCUAAUUCUCUCUCUAAAUGUCGAAGUGUAAACACGUGCUUCUGUUUGCUCUUAUUUGCUUCUGUUACAGCUUAAAUUAUUUAUUAAUACAAUAAUAACAUUAACAAAGCAUAAUUUAAAUUAUUAAACAUGAAGAUGGAAGGAGUAAUUGAAGAAAUUAUCAUGGAUCAAAAAAAAAUCCAGCCAAUAAUAGUAAAAUUUCAAAAUGGUGAAAUAGAAGAAGAAAAAGCUAAAAAAAUGCAAGUUGGUUUAUUUCGUGAUCCAAAUGAAAAUAACAAAACAUUAUUAUCAAUGUCAAAUGGCAAAAUGGUUUACAAGGGUUAUCGUCCUGAUCAAAAAAAAGAACAAACAUAUACAAUGCUUGCAAUACGUAAUAAAAAUACUGGUAAAGUAAAAUUAAUACAAGCUGAAAGAUGGUUACUUGGUCCUGUUCUUGAUAAAGAAGCAAAUACUGAUGAUGCUCUUGAUAAAAAUAGAGCAAUUCAUUUGAAUGCACUUAAUAAACAAUUUGGUUCUAAAAAAGCUAAAAGAAGAACUGAACAAUAUGAAAAAAUGCAAGUUAAUCCUGAAGAUGUUAAAGAAGAUCUUGAAAAAAGUGUUGCAAAUAUUAAUGUUAAAGAAGCUGAUUUGACUCUUCAAAAUAUUGAAGAUCCAUUAGAAAUUCAUAUUCCACCUUGUAAUCGUGAUGCUACAAGUGUUGAAGAAGUUUAUAGUGCUUAUGAUAUACUGCCAAAGGAUCAACUUUUAAUUCUUGCUGCAAAACAUGAAGAAAUUGUUAAAUUAGAAAGAAAAAAUGCUUUCUUUGUUGGAACAUUAGCAAACUUAAUGAAACUUCCAGCAGAUUCAAAGAGAAACGAAAAAAUUGCAAUUUUAGAAUUCAUUUAUUCUACAUGUCAAUGGCUAUGUUUACCAAUAAAAACACCAAAAAAAUUACUUGAUGAAUUGUGUCCAACAUCACCUGAAAUCCGUAGUUUUAUUAUUAAAAAUUACAGUGUGAUGAGUGCUAAUGGAAGAACUCGACCAACAACUAUACGUGACAAAGGUUUUGUACAUUGUUUAAUUCUUGGUUUAAUGAUAUCUGAUUAUACACUUAAUCUUGAGUUAUUUGCAACAAUGAUUAGUGGUAAAACUGGCUUGAAAAAACUCAAUGAACUUGCUAGAAUUAUUGGAGCAAGAUCAUCAAAAGAUAAUACACUAAAUAUUGUUCUUAAAUUACCUCUUCCACCACAACAAAGUCUUGUUAAAAGAGGAAGAAAUAAAAGAGGAUAAAUUAAUUAUCAUCAUUAUUAUUCUAUUUAAAUUAAUUUAUAUUUAGGAUUUAAUCAGGAGUGAAAGUCAAUAAGGUCACUGACAAAAUCUUUAAUCAAGGAAAAAAUAUGGCGGCUGCAAUAACAAAAAAAAUUGUAGAUGUAACAAGUGGG